CUCCGAUCGCGCUGAUCCUCCACGCCCGGGAAGAGUCUAUCGCCCUCCCCAGCGCGCCCACCUGCGGACCUGCUUUGGGGAAGAACGCGGCCCGGGAGAAGACCUCGCUCCAGGAUACGCCCGGUGGCUCGAACUCGUGAUCCCAGCGGCCUUCGGUCUGGAGGACCCUAAGGCGAAGGGGCUGCCUUCUCUGCUGCAGGAUAUAAUAUGGGGAAGCGACAGAGCAAACCGAGGUGUAACUCUUCCAAGUACAGGGAGGAAGAAACCAAGUGCCCUUCUCUUCCCGAGGCGGCUCUGCGGGACCAGCCGGCUCACACGGAUGCCGUGGCCUCCGUGGCCUCCCUGGCCCACGACCAGUGCGUGUCAGGCGGAAAAGACAAGGCUGUCGUUGUGUGUAACUGGCAUCGUGGCAACGUGGUGAGGAGGUUCUGGGGCCACGAACACGAAGUGACGAAGGUCGGCUGCCUCGCUGAGCUUGGGUUCCUCUUCAGCGCCUCUCGGGACCGGACGGUGAAGAUGUGGGGCUUGUCCAGCGGGGCGCUCGAGGAAGCCCGGUGCUUUUCCGGACACGAGCUGGUGGUCAGUGGCUUGGCUGUCAGCCCAGCUUUCCCUCGGCUCUGCACAGGAUCCCGGGACAACAGCGUGUGCACGUGGGAUCUGGAGACGGGGGCCUGUUUGCAGCGAGUGGCCAUUUCCAGGAAUGUGGUGACACAUCUCUGCUGGGUUCCCGGGGAGCCGUACGUCACCCAGACAUCAGAAGACAAAACCAUUAGAAUCUGGGACACCCGAGAGUUACAGGUGGCUCACCUCUUCCCUGCCAAGAAGCAGAUCCAGACGUCCUGUGACGUAAGCCCAGAUGGGCGCUACUGCCUCAGCACCAGCAGCGGCUUUGGUCACGAGGGUGGAGAGGCUACGCUCUGGGACCUCCGACAAGUGAAGGGCAGGGUCCGCGAAUUCUGGGGUCAUGCGCAGACGGCAUCAUCCUGCAUCUUUCUCCCACAAGGCCUCGCCAGCUUCCCUGAAAUAGUCACCGCCUCGCACGACGGCACGGUCAAAGUGUGGAGCCUGGAGACUGGAGCCUGCCUGUCCACCGCCUUCCUCGAUGGGGCUCUGUCUUCUCUGGCGGCGUGUGGAAAAGCCACUUUCCUCUGCGGCAGCUCCACGCCGUGGAUCCACUUGAUGAGAGUCCGCUCGGCCAAGGGACCAGAACUCCAGCAAGUGGCAAAGUUCUGAGCGCCGGACGGUCGCCUCUGGAGGAGAAAAACACAACCCAGCUAAGGAGGGAAUGGACCAAACGGGGAGAAACAGCCAUGACGGCCCAAGUGAGCCUUUUAGCCAAGCGGGGCAAGGCCGGUUUAGCAGCAGCUGGCCCAGAGCCGGAAACCUGGGGUCCCCCCACCUGGCCGAGGCAGAGUUUUUAAGGCAACGAGAAUGAAAUGAAGGAGGGAGGAGGCGCGUAGGCUCCCCAUCCCCUGAUCUUCAGGCUGCCAACAGAUGACUGGACAAUUAAAUAACCUUCCAAGUUUAAUGAACUAAAGUAUAGGAAAAGAAGCCCCCAUCCUCCCUUGGCCAGUACAAUCCAUGAAAAGUACCCAGUUCAGGACCAGCUACCAAAACCAACGACCUGUGUGCAAUUUUUAGAUAUGCAUUAGUGCUUUGACUGGAUUUUUUAAAAGUACUACGUACAUGUGUUUUCCAUUUUUUGUG